AUGCGUGUGAGCCGGACAAAGUGUCUCUCAUUGGCCGCGCUGCUAAUCCUGCUGGCCGCCUGCUGCUCCCCCAGCAUCUCCCUGUCACAACAAAAGGCAAACCAGUUCCUAAGCAGACGCAGGAGAGCUAAUCAAGUGUUUGAGGAAACCAAACAAGGACACUUGGAGAGGGAGUGUGUGGAAGAGAGGUGUUCCAAGGAGGAGGCCAGAGAAGUGUUUGAAAAUGACCCCGAGACAGACUACUUUUAUCCCAAGUAUUUGAAUUGUUUGGACAAAUUUGGAGGUUCAGCAAAGAAAAAACCUGAUCUGAUCACAUGCGUCCACAACAUUCCAGACCAAUGCUCCCCUUCACCCUGUAACUCCAGAGGAACCGUGCGCUGCGAGGACAAAAAGGGUUCCUUCCUCUGUCACUGCUUCACAGGUUGGACCGGGGACUUUUGUGAGAAAGAUGUUGACGAGUGCGCCAAGAAUAAUGGAGGAUGCGACCAUGACUGCAGCAACACAAUGGGGAGUUACCAUUGCACCUGUCACCCAGGUUACAUGUUGCGAGGACACCACAUGUGCGUUGACGUAAACGAGUGCAAUGACAUUGGCGUGUGCGGAACAGCCAUCUGUGAGAAUAACCAAGGAGGCUACGAAUGUCUGUGCGAUUCUGGCUACAUGUUCGACAAUGAGAGCAAGAGCUGUGUGGAUGUGGACGAGUGUGAGAAAAGUGUCUGUGCAGAGGAGUGCCAGAACACUCUGGGGAGUUUCCGCUGUUUGUGUGACGGCCGUCAGGGCAUGAAGCUUGAACAAGAUCUUAGGAGCUGUAAGGCUAUAACUCCCUGUAUCACACCAGCUCUAAAAAGGAACUCUCGGUCUCUCUAUCUGGGCCGCAUGUUCAGUGGCUUGCCGGUGAUGAGGCUGCGCUUCCGUCGAAGGAUCAACACUGGUUUUUCCUCAGAGUUUGAUUUCCGCACCUACGACUCUGAGGGGGUGAUCUUCUUUGCCGGAGGCCACCUGAACAGCUCCUGGAUUGUGCUUGCCAUUCAUCAUGGAAAACUGGAAUUGCAGUUGAAGUAUGGUACAGUCAGCCGAGUUACCAGCAGCGGACCUGUUGUCAAUGACGGCCAGUGGAGGAAGAUUUCAGUAGAGGAGCAGGGACGGAGUCUCGUUAUUAAGAUUGACAGAGAGGCGGUCAUGAAGAUCGCUGUAAACGGUGACCUCUUCACACUGAAGAAGGACAUGCAUGAGCUCAACCUCACCGUGGGAGGAAUCCCCUUUAAGGAGGCCAGCCUCGUCAGCAAGGUUAACCCUCGUCUGGAUGGCUGUAUGAAGGAGUGGCGCUGGAUGACUGGAGAAGACAGGUCGAUGCAAGAAAGCAUCAUGACCAACGAGAACAUUCAGUGUUUCAGCACCGAGAACCCGGGAGCGUAUUACCCCGGCACAGGAUUUGCUUUCUUCAACCUCACUUAUGAGUCACAGAACCUGAGUAUCCAAUUAACCCUUUAUCCAACUACUGCUAUCGGGGUGCUUUUUGCUCUCGUUCACGAAGACACUGUGCCCCUUUCCAUUGCUCUAGCUGACUAUCACCCUGGUACUGAUGAGUGGAGAGAUUUUGUUUUGGUAACAGCAGGUGGCGUGGUCAUUGCCAGCUCACCAGCGCCGCUCUGUGAUGGUGAGAGUCAUGAAAUCGAGGUGAAGAUCUCAGGCAACCACACCCAGCUCUUUGUCGACGGAGAGCCUGGACGUAGUGAAGAUGCAGAGGUUGAUCUUCUUUCGCCGUCCAGCACCUUCAUUGGAGGCCUCCCCGAUGUUCCUCUGGUCUCCACACUGGUAUCGGCACCCUACAGUGGCUGUAUGAAGGUUGCAGUUAACGGACAAAUUUUGGACCUGGACCAGGCAAUCCACAAACACAACGACAUCCGCUCCCAUUCCUGCCCCCUGCUGGAUUCUAACCAGUGA